CCAACCCUCCAGCCUGUAAGGACCUUGAUAUGCAAAGGACAGCUGAAGGAACUAAAGUGCCUGCAUUUAUGCCACUUCAUUCCCACAGUGCCCGAAAUGCCAGCUCCUCCUUGGUGUUCUCCUUUCAGGAUCUGAAUUCAAAUCCCACUGGCAGCCCUGAUACUGCUGGGGGAAGGGUUUCCCUAUCCCCUAAAGACAUUCGUGGAUGGAUGAGAGGAGCUGACAUCUCCCCCUCUGUGACCACUUUCUCUUUGGCCCUGGAGGAAGUCUUGCCGCCCCUGGCUGUGACAUCUGACCCCAGGCCCUUUAAUCAACAACUCCCAGAGCCUCCAGACCCAAGAUGUGUUUUGGAACCCCAGGACAAUCCUGAACUGGCAUCUGCCCUGGUGUGUGCCCUUUGCUGCUGCUUUGGAAUCAUCUACUGCUGCUUCGGCUACCGCUGCUUCAAGACAGUGAUGUUUCUCUCCGGUCUGCUGUCAGGAGCUUCCUACUGUGCCACAAGCUGGGUCUUCCUGGGGAUUUGGCCAGUCUUGGGGGCCCUUGGGGCCCUGGCCCAGUGGAAGCUCGUGCCUGAGGAACAUGGAGGCCAUACCAAUGAGUCUUCAAGAGUGCCAACUGGGACCAGGACCCCAGGCCACAGCCCCCUACACCGUCCUGGACCUGGAUUCUGACUGUGGUUCCACUGUACCCCUUACCUUAACCUCUGGUUCUAACCAGACCUGAGCCUAGACUUCCACUUUUGCCCUCACCCCUGUGAGGGCCUGGGAACACUAGGUGGACAGGGUUUGAGUCACAGGACCUGCACAUAAACUUCCCCACCUCUUGGACUUGGGGAUAGGAUCUGUGCCUCAACCCAGACUAGCCUUGUAGGAAUAUGUUCCAAGAACAGAGAAGAGUCUUAUGGGGAAGGGGGAAGAAGGAAAGUAUGAAUAUUUACCUCUGACCAAUAAUAGAGGUACCCUGGUCCCCAGAGAAACUGACUACCGAAUUCCCUCCAAGCCUUACCUAUAUAGCCUUUUUUUUUUUUUUUUUUUGAGACAAGGUCUUGUUCUCUGUCCAGUGCCGUGGCAUGAUCAUAGCUCAUGACAAUCUUGACUUCCCCGGCCCAAGCAAGCCUCCCAUUCAGCCUCCCGAGUGGCUGGGACCACAGGCGCCACACACAGCUAAUUUUUAUUCAUUUGUGUUUUUUUUUUUUUUUUUUUUUUUUUCAGAGACAGGGUCUCCCUAUGUUGCCCAAGCUGGUCUUGAACUCCUGGGCUCAAGUGAUCCUCCUGCUUCAGCCUCCCAAAGUGCUAGGAUUAUAGCCACCGUACCUGGUCUUGAAAUAGCCUUUUAAAUAUCCACCUCAGCAUGCCUCACAAUGGUAAAAACAAGUGGUUUUUGUUUUGUAGGAUCAGGGAGCUUCUAAGGCAUUUGAUAGCUUUUUGAUGGGAAGAAGGGCUCUGAGGAGCUCCAAGAUACCCCAACCUCCAGGCACUUCAUUAGGGAGUAGUUGGGUUUGUUUGACCUUCCCCCUGGGCCCUAUAGGCUUAAACCCCCACCUCCUACCUCAGCUAGGAGCACUAUCUUCCAUGGUGCUUCCACUUUUCUCCUCAACCUGGGGAAGACCACAGGGCAGUGCCUGCCUCAGGACCUGCCUUCCCCAAAAGCUGGCUUCUUGCUCCGAGGAGAGAGCAUUGGCCACCUGCCAGAGUCUUGCGUUUUGCCCAAAAGAGCCUGGUCUUCAGGGCUGCAUAGGAGACAAGUGCUUUCUCUGCUUCUCACUGUGGGUGGCACUAAUUUCCUCCUUAACCAGAACUUUGUUCCAGCCACUAACCCAUUCUAACUCUUCCCCCUCUGACUCUCCUGCCCAAGGUCUGUUCCUGGUUUCCCAGAUGCAUAAAGGAAGACAUAUCCGUCCCCUGGGCAGCAAGGCUACAAUGGGAGGGAGGGAGAACAUGGGAGCAUGUGAAUAAAAUGGCAUUAAAUACUGAACCAG